GUUCCAUGUCACAGUUGAGAUCCGACUCUUCAACAAGCAGAAAUAUUGAAAAAUGUUCAAGCUCGCAGUAGUCACGGUUCUUUUUGGCUUUUUGGCCAUUGCGUUUGGUAACGGUAUGCCUGGUAUGCCUGGUGGUAUGUCUCAAAUGCCUCAUAUGCCAAGCCUCGACGAGAAUCCAUCCGAUUCGAUGCCACCCAUGCCUUCUUCAUUAGUACGCGUGGCCCGCGAUUUGAUGAAUCCUAUGGUUGCGGGUACCGAUGGGGCCGCAAUCGCUGGCACAAUGGGUCAAGAGAUGAUGAUGGCCGGUGCUAAAAUGAUGGGAGCAGCGGGCACCGUACCAUUUCACACUCUUGGCGGAGGACCUCCUAUGGGUGGACCUGGUGGACCUAUGGGUGGGCCUAUGAGCGGCUAACAAGCAUGUAUCAACUGCAGAAUUAAAUUUUGCUCAAAUUAAUAUUCAUUAAAUGUGUAAUGAUAUAAAAUAGAAGAUAAU